AUGGCUGUUCCUGGUGGAGGUUCAGUGUUCAGUGUCACCCUUGCUGAGAGUAAAGAUACAAAUGCGUCGGUGGCAACAGAGGGAGUCUCGCCUUGCAUGGAAAAGUCCCGAGAUACAGAGUACACAGCGAGGAGAGUGACUGGCCCCGCUGCUACGGAGAGGCAAGGAGGUAUCAGAUUCCUGCCUGUCCCACCCCCACGCCCACUUACCCGCCACCCGACCAAAGGAAACCGCAGCAGUGCUCUUAAGGGCAUCAGGAGGCUGCCAUUCCAGGCCCUAACACAGACAGGGACGCAAUAUCCCGACGGAACAGCUACCCCAAGAGCUCUCAGCGGCACCACAAGCUGCGCCCCAUCCAGCACUCCCACACACUCGGACGCACUCUUCAACUCGCCUCUCUCUCCCCAUCCCACCCACUUCCAGGUAUCAGAAGCCCUCUCGCACCCUACGCCACCCCAUCCCACCUCUCCCUCUCGCCCAGACGCCGGGCGAGACAACACCAGCAACACCACCACUCCUACCACACUCCUUUGCCUGUUCUCUAUCACUGCUCCUCGCCCUCUUGAUCCCUUGGGCUUUACGGGGAACCACUACCCACCCGUGCCCAUCAACUCCUCCCCGCACCCUCAGCCUACCUGGAUCUAUGGGGACCAGGCUCGGAGCUCUCCUACCGCCACUCACGCCAGCACAGAGUUACGCUCUUGUGAGGUGCGUCCACGUGCCCAGGUUACUGAGAAGCGAGGUGAAAUUAUGUCAGGCUGCUCAAUUCCAUCACCAAUCCGCGCUAACUGCCAGAGGAACAUCAAGCCAUCCAUCCCUCUCCCUCUCCGGGGCAUCUUCAUCAGAGGGACAAAGCCUGAAGCAGCGCUGUUGUCUCCGUCAAAAGAGAAUCGAACCGACCAUGAACCCAGCAAGACAAUGAAGAAGCGAGAGUAG